GGAACCUAAAGCAGCUCUGGAUAAGGACCAAGAAGGAAAGCAGGAAAUGGGCUAGCAUCUUGGCCUUGGCCUUGGCCUUGACCUGAGAUCACCAAUCUAGUUAACAGAGUCAUGGGACCCAAGGUAUCAGCUUCCUGCAGAAGGUCCAGAAGAGUAGGAGAUGUCAUGUGCUAGUAAAAACUAAUCGAUGUUGUGAGGACAAGGUAAGCGUCUGCUGGGGAAAGGUGUGCCUCUGGGAGGGCUGAGGCUGCCCUGUACAGAACAGAGUAGGCCUAGGAGUAGAAAUUGACCUUUCAUUUGGGAAAAUUCAAGGAAGGAAAGCUGGAAUAGAAAGUCUCCUCCUAUAUUGGAAGAAACAAGGUAGAAGUGAGGCCUCCUGCCACGGGAAUCAGAGAAGCUGACACAGAAAGUGCCUACCUAACCUAGUUUCUUAGCCCUUGUAUGGUGGGAGCUGAGUGGAAGCACAGGACAGGGGAUUAACUCCAGCCUUCCAUUUCCUCAUUUCCAUUUGCUUGCUAAAUAAAUCCUUACAAUUCAGUUACCCAGUCAUUUUUAAACUUCCUCCUUCUUCCCCAAGCCAUUUGCCUUCUGUCAUUUCUGUCUUAAACUUACCUGUUGAAUGCAUUGUCUUACCUCAGUUCCCAGUACCACAAAUGGAAUAGUGGCUUUUAGUUCCUCUGGUCUGGAUUACGGUGAUAAUCACCUGCCUCGUUCUGCCCCUGCCCUCUUCACAUAACUCUGGUAAGUCUCUCUCCUGUUAAAACUAUUCAGUGGCUAUCUAUCAUAGAGACUUUGGGCUGAAAUUCGAAGACCCUCCAAGACAGUGCAGACAUACCCCCACCAUCCUGAAGCUAUUUUAAAGCACUUACCUGUAGUUCCAACCCCCCCCACACACACACUGUGCACUCCUAUCCCUCUGUGCCUUUGCACAUUCUGUUCCACCUUACUGGAAUGGCCUAUGGGCUUUUCCACCGCCUUCUAGGUUCUGAUACUUCGUGGCAACCUUUAGGACCCAACCAACCCUGAACCCUUUCAAACAGCACUUUACAUAAUUAUAAUUUACUUGUUUGUCUUCCCUCAAAACCUUGUGAUCCACCCAAGGCAGGGUCUCAGUAUUUCAUCUGUGUUCCCCGGCGGCCAGCACAGAGGGCGUUCAGGUACUUAGAGCCAGCCCAACAGCUGCACGACACCUUCGGGAAACCAAGGCGGGCAGGGGCGGUUGACUGGGUCCUCAGAAGAGGGGCGUGGUUGGAGGUGGGCUUAUGGCUUCUAGUGAGGGGCGUGGUCAGAGGCGGGGCUCCGCGCUAGGCCCACCCCCUGGGGCUCUAGGGCGCCUGCGCAGAAAGCGUUAAGAUGGAGAUCGCUGGAGUUGACGACUGCAAGGCAAUGAAAUUCCAUGGAAUCAUAGUUGGUACUAUUCUGCAAUGUCUCUAGUUGAAAGCCAAAGUGAGGACAGACAAAGUGAAGAACAAGUGAGAUAUCUGCAAGCCAACGGCAGAGAACUCAACUCUAAAUUUGGAUAUCCUAACAAUACCAUCAAGACCUCAAGAUACAGUGUCCUUAACUUCUUGCCCCUGAACCUAUUUGAACAAUUCCAGAGACUUGCAAAUGCAUAUUUCCUCAUUUUGCUAUUCCUACAGUUGAUUCCCCAGAUCUCCUCCUUGGCAUGGUACACAACUGUGAUUCCCCUGAUGGUGGUGCUGUCCGUAACAGCAGUGAAGGAUGCCAUUGAUGACAUGAAAAGGCACCAAAAUGACAAUCAAGUCAACAACCGUUCUGUUCUGGUGGUGAUGAAUGGCAGGAUAAAGGAGGACAAAUGGAUGAAUAUUCAAGUGGGAGAUAUAAUAAAACUAAAAAAUAAUCAGCCUGUCACAGCAGAUAUGCUAUUACUCUCUAGCAGUGAGCCCUGCGGUCUGACAUAUAUAGAAACAGCAGAACUGGAUGGUGAAACCAACCUGAAAGUGAAGCAGGCCAUCUCAGUGACCAGUGACUUGGAAGAUAACCUGGGGCUGCUGUCUGCCUUUGAUGGAAAAGUGAGGUGUGAGUCUCCCAAUAACAAGUUGGACAAAUUCACAGGAAUACUGACUUAUAAGGGAAAAAACUACACCCUGGACCAUGACAAGCUGCUACUCCGAGGCUGCAUCAUCAGGAAUACAGAUUGGUGCUAUGGCUUGGUGAUUUAUACCGGACCAGACACCAAAUUAAUGCAGAACUGUGGAAAGUCUACCUUUAAGCGGACGCACAUGGACCGUCUCUUGAAUAUUCUUGUGCUCUGGAUUUUCCUGUUUUUAGGCAGCAUGUGUUUUAUCCUAGCAAUUGGGCAUGGCAUUUGGGAGAACAAGAAAGGCUACUACUUCCAGGAUUUUCUGCCAUGGAAAGAACAUGUGUCUUCAUCAGUUGUCUCUGCCGUCCUCAUUUUCUGGUCCUACUUCAUUAUUCUCAACACUAUGGUGCCCAUUUCCCUUUAUGUCAGUGUUGAGAUAAUAAGAUGGGGCAACAGUUACUAUAUCAAUUGGGAUCGGAAGAUGUUUUAUGCGCCAAAGAACACACCAGCGCAGGCUCGCACCACCACCCUUAAUGAGGAGCUUGGCCAAGUCAAAUACGUGUUCUCUGACAAAACAGGAACCCUGACUCAGAACAUCAUGGUUUUCAAUAAGUGUUCUAUUAAUGGGAUAUUCUAUGGUGGUGUCUAUGACAAGAAAGGACGGAGGGUAGAAGUCUCUGAGUUCUUCCUGUCUAAUUGCUUUUUCUCAUCAACUUGGCCACAGGGGCUGACAUUUUCCAAGUAUUUACAUGGCUUUAACUACCACCUACCUACUGAUGACUUCCAAAUCCAUCUAUCCAAGGAAUCCUUUGUAGCUCCCUCCCACCCAUGGUCAACACUAAAGGAAACAGAAAAGGUCGACUUCUCCUACAACAAACUGGCUGAUCCUAAGUUUUCAUUUUAUGACAAGACUUUGGUGGAAGCAGUGAAAAAGGGAGAUUGCUCAGUGCACUUAUUUUUCCUCUCACUGUCAUUGUGUCAUACUGUGAUGUCAGAAGAGAAAGUGGAAGGUAAGCUGAUAUACCAGGCUCAGUCCCCAGAUGAAGGUGCCCUCGUCACUGCUGCCAGGAACUUUGGCUUUGUGUUUCGUUCCCGCACAUCUGAGAUGAUCACGGUAGUUGAAAUGGGUGAGACCAAAGUCUACCAACUGCUAGCUAUUUUGGAUUUCAACAAUGUGCGCAAGAGGAUGUCUGUUAUUGUGAGGACACCUGAAGAUCGAGUAAUGUUAUUCUGCAAGGGCGCAGACACCAUCCUCAGUCAGCUGCUCCAUCCAUCCUGCAGAUCCCUCAGAGAUGUGACCAUGGAGCAUUUAGAUGAUUUUGCCAUUGAAGGCCUCCGGACCCUCAUGGUGGCCUACCGAGAAUUGGAUAAUGCAUUCUUCCAGGCCUGGAGCAAGAAGCACAGUGUAGCCUGCUUGUCUUUGGAAAACCGGGAAGAUAAAAUGUCAGAUGUCUAUGAAGAGAUGGAAAAAGACUUGAUGCUGUUAGGGGCCACAGCCAUAGAAGACAAGCUGCAGGAUGGUGUACCUGAGACAAUAACCACCUUGAACAAAGCCAAAAUUAAGAUGUGGGUCUUAACUGGAGAUAAGCAAGAGACUGCUGUGAACAUUGCCUAUGCCUGUAACAUAUUUGGAGAUGAAAUGGAUGGGAUGUUCAUCGUGGAAGGCAAGAAUGAUGAGACUGUUCGGCAAGAACUCAGGACAGCAAGGGACAAGAUGAAACCUGAGUCUCUACUGGAAUCGGACCCAAUAAACACUUACCUCACCACGAAGCCCCAAAUGCCCUUCAGAGUACCCGAGGAGGUGCCCAAUGGCAACUAUGGCUUGAUCAUCAAUGGCUGCAGUCUGGCUUAUGCUCUAGAAGGGAACCUGGAGUUGGAACUGCUGCGAACAGCGUGCAUGUGCAAGGGGGUGAUCUGCUGCCGGAUGACACCCCUUCAGAAGGCCCAGGUGGUAGAGCUGGUGAAGAGGUACAAGAAGGUGGUGACACUGGCCAUUGGAGAUGGGGCCAAUGACGUCAGCAUGAUCAAAGCUGCCCACAUUGGGGUUGGCAUCAGCGGCCAGGAGGGAAUGCAGGCCAUGCUCAACAGUGACUAUACCUUCUCCCAGUUCCACUGUCUUCGCCGUCUACUCUUGGUCCAUGGCCGCUGGUCCUAUAAUCGCAUGUGCAAGUUUCUCAGCUACUUCUUUUACAAAAACUUUGCCUUCACCCUGGUGCACUUCUGGUAUGCCUUCUUCAGCGGGUUCUCUGCACAGACAGUUUAUGAUACCUGGUUUAUCACUUUCUACAACCUGGUCUACACCUCCCUCCCUGUCCUGGGCUUGAGUCUGUUUGACCAGGAUGUGAAUGAAACAUGGAGUCUACGCUUCCCAGAGCUGUAUGAUCCAGGCCAGCACAACCUCUAUUUCAACAAGAAGGAAUUUGUGAAGUGUUUAGUGCAUGGGAUCUAUAGUUCCUUAGUGCUGUUCUUUAUCCCUAUGGGGACAAUUCACAACUCAGUGCGCAGUGAUGGGAAAGAGAUCUCCGACUACCAGUCCUUCUCGCUGAUAGUGCAGACCGCCUUGCUGUGUGUGGUCACAAUGCAGAUUGCCCUGGAUACAACCUACUGGACGAUGAUAAGCCACAUCUUCACCUGGGGUAGCCUGGGUUUCUACUUUUGCAUCUUAUUCUUCCUGUACAGUGAUGGCUUGUGCCUCAUGUUCCCCGAUGUCUUCCAAUUCCUAGGUGUGGCCAGGAACACUCUGAACCUGCCACAGAUGUGGCUGAUUAUUGUCCUCAUCGUGGUCCUCUGUAUUUUGCCUAUGAUUGGGUACCAAUUUCUCAAACCACUAUUCUGGCCUGUUGACGUGGACAAGAUUAUGGACAGAAUUCAUCUUUGCAUGAGACAUUCACUGUCACCCCCUACCCGGACCAAACUGAAACAUGCAAGCUCUCGACGUUCUGCCUAUGCGUUCUCCCACAAACAGGGCUUUGGGGCCCUCAUCACUUCUGGCAAAGCAAUGAAGGACAAGGUAUUCAAGAGAAACAGCUCUCCUUUUAAAAAGUAGAGGCCCUUACGGAAAUCCCAAAGGAAUCAGUCAUUGCUAUUCCUCCCUUGUAUUCACACAACUUAAUAAGGAUGGAUUAGAGCCCAGGGGAAACUAGCAUAAACCUGCCCUUCCGCACUCACUCCAGGGGCUCAGCCUCUUCAUUCCCCAGAAGGCUGUGCCCAGGUAAGGCAAGGAAAGGUAAAGAAAGAGCCUCAAGAUAUCUGUCAGAGUUGCAGCGUUUCAAGAAAAAGUGACGUCAGGUCUCCCUUCCACCAACCUUCCAAGUUUUAAUCCAGACAAGCAAAGAUGGAAGUGGUGAGUGAAGAGGGGCGAUGUGGGAAAGAGAGAAAAAAAAAAAUACAACCUAAGAAUCUUACUUUGGGCCCUGUUUCCCAUACCCAGAGCAACUAUAAACCUUGCCAGGGCCCCACACAAACAUAUCCCACCCAGAUACCCUUCUCAGGUUUAUCUGGGGGAUUCAGAGUAAGUCUUUUGCUGGCCCUGGGUCUCAAAAGGAGGAGGCAGCUGUGAAAAGUUGGUCAUAAAAAGCUGAAGGAGAGCUUCUGAACAAAACAAACAAACAAACAAACAAACCACUUGUUCCUGCCUUAAUAAGACAGCUCAAGAUUUUGCCUUCUUCCCCUCUCUUUGACCCCUUUGACCCAAGAACUGACACCUUUUCAGGCUUCAGAACUGGGAGAGGGAGCCUGCGGAGGAUGUUUAAAAAUCCUUUCUUGAGGGGGUAUAAGCCACAAUUGAUGAAUAUUUGUCUUCAUUCCAUAAAAUUACUUUGAGAAGAAAUUGUAUGUA